UUGCCCAUCGCACUGAACCCUGACCGCGUCAGCGCCACGAUCGGGCCGCGGGAGCGUCUGAGGCACGUGGACGCACGCGAUCCUCACGACGGCCGCAUCCUCUUCGUGCGGAGCUCCGCCGCAUUUGCGGACGAAAGAGCAUGUCCCACACUUCGCACUCGCACGUUCUCAUCUUUGGCCUACGACCACCAUCACGCCCAUAACCUCCUGCUCAACGACUCCCUAUGGCCCCCAUCAGGACGCAAUGGACGCGAUUGAUCCGCUUUGUCGCGGCAGAGACCGCGCAGGUUCACCUCGGUGAACCGGUCGACCCCAAGCUGGAUGUGGGUCAGGCCUACCAGCUCAAGAAGACCAUCAAGGCAUACGAAAUUCUCGGCUCUGCAAUCGACCCUAGCGCCCAGGUCACGAAGAACGUGUUGACCGUCAAGGAGCUCCUCUCGCCGCUCGCUCGCAACGAGCUUGGAGGUGUUGUGCGCUGCUUGGGUCUGAAUUAUGCCGAUCACGCGGCGGAAGCAAACCUUGCAAAGCCUUCUGUCCCGGUUCUCUUCUACAAGCCGGUGACAUCCAUCAUUGGCCCCGGCGCAGUCGUCACGGUCCCGCGAGUCGCUCAGCCCGUACAGGAGCACAUCCCCGACUAUGAAGUCGAACUAGUGAUCGUCAUCGGCAAGGCAGCGAAGAACGUCUCCGAGGCAGAUGCUUUCGACUACGUGCUCGGCUACACCGGUGCAAACGAUGUAUCAUUCCGUAAGUUGCAGAUGUCUGCUGGUGGCGGUCAAUGGGGCUUCUCGAAGAGUUUUGACGACACGAACCCUCUCGGGCCAUGCAUUGUCGCGGCAAGCGCGAUCUCCGACCCUCAGCACCUCCCACUCAAGACCGUUGUGAAUGGUCAGGUCCUGCAGGACGGCUCCACCGCCAAUCAAAUCUUUACCGUGCGCCAGACCAUUGCGUACCUCUCGCAGGGCACCACCCUCCUCCCCGGUUCGCUCAUCCUCACGGGCACGCCAAAGGGUGUCGGUUUCGUCAAGAAGCCCCCAUUGUACCUCAAGGGCGGAGACUACAUGAGCACCUAUGUCGGCGGCGGCAUUGGCACGCUCUCUAACCUGGUUGUGGAGGAAGAGGCUCCGGAGAAAGCGAGGCUGUGAGGGGCUAACGGUCCUUGGCAUUGGCAAUGUGUAUGGACGGGUCAUGUGCCGGUCUGGGAGGAGGUCUUCAUGCGGAUGCAAUUGUAUUGUGUAGAACAUGCUCAAGAACGUCU